UCAGCUUUGAGCUUUCAGUUUGAUUCAGAUUGGUCCCGGAUACCGCGCUGCGGGCCGCAACCACCGGCUGGUAACACGCCGCCUUCAUCCCUCAUUCCACCCCCGGCCUCGCCCAGCUCUGCCCUCCACCCCCGGGGCAGCGAGCCCCUCGCCAAGGGAAUCUAUGUCAGAGUCAGUGCAUCCCUCGCGCUCGCUCUGCAAGCUCUGCAAGCUUUGCAGUCCGCUGCCGCCCGGCUCGCCCUCCCGGCCUUCCGCUCAUUACUUCCGAGCAUCUUGUCCCGCCAAGAUUUGUCCUCGAGGGCGCGAGUCGCGUCAGCGAUGAAAGUUAACGCUAGUGCAGAUAAAUCACGAACUUGCACCUUCGUUCGCCGCGAAUCGUUACAUUGACAAGUAGAAUUUUUUAAUUUUUCAUCAAUCAUUUCUACCAUUUUUUGUAAACAAACUUGGGACCAAAUUCGCCGGGUGAAAAUGUUCAACUUAUAUCAAAAUAUGAACCGGCGAGAAGAGGGCGAAAAUCGUCGUGAACCGGAUAUGACCGGACACGAUCGUUUUUGUCAAGUACGGCCAAAGUCACGGCGUAAACGACGGCAGGUAACUCGACGUGCCCAAAGUGCAAUCGAGUUGGACACUGAGGCGAUGCUCUCUGCUAGAGGAAUUCUCGAUCGGCGUGGAAGAAGCGCAAGCAUCGAGGACGACGAAAGUGAAGAAGAAAAGGGCUACCAGCUGACUAACAAAAUUGAUAGUCUUGCCAAGAUUUUAUUCAACCGAGUUACAGUAGCGCGUAACAGAGAACAGAACGACAUUAGAAACGGCCGACAUCAAUACACUGCUCUGGAUUGCUACGGACCAUCCGCUUGUGAAGAUGUCGGUGAAUGUAUGGAGAUGGAGAAAAGAUCUAGGAUUCAAGCACUAACAAUUUGCCAAUCUCACCUUAAAGGAUCUACACGGUACAGUUUGACCAAACAACUAAACAACGUUGGAUCUCGCGUGGACAAACAUUGGUUUGCGGUGAGGGAUACAACGCUGAAAGCCGACAGGCUCUUAACGCUUGCACCAUUGAGCAGAAACUGCCCUAUAAACAUCUGUUCGUCCAUACGAGAGACGUUGAAUCAUUUAUUUCUUGCAUUGCAACAUCCAUAUAUUUGCCCUAUGCUUGAUCUUGACUUCAAAGAAUUCAAGGGGCAGAAUUAUGUGAUUCUUGUGCAACCCAUCAAUCAAGGAAGUUUGAAGGACCUCAUAUAUGGGAUUGAAAGGAAUUGUUGGAACGAAGAUUGGAGUCAAAAAUACGUGACUCGUGGCAAGGGUUUACCGCUACCACAAGUUCAGCGAUUAGGUCGUCAAAUUUUGGAAGCACUGGUAUUUCUAAAAGAGCGUGGUUUCCCAACGGUGACACACUUACAUUCUGGCAAUGUGAUUGUUCAAAACGGAGUCGCUCGUUUAGCAGGUUUAGAAAAUACUCUGCUCGGUUUCACAAGCCGUAUCUAUCCCGUUGUCACUUCCCGAUCAUCGCAUUUAAACUUUAUCGAUACGAUAUGUUUUGGCCAUGUAUUGUUCGAGAUGUGCGCAGGCUAUGAAUUGUGUUCAUUUAAACCGACAGAAACGCAUCUCUCGGAUAUCAAUAAGUACCCUCAGAUUCUUGAAAUUUUAGAGCUUAUAUUCGAACAGCCAGAUGCUCGCUAUCCCAGCGUGGAGGAGCUGCUGUUACACGAUUUAUUCCGCAAUAUUGAUCUUCGCGAAAUGCGAAGUGCGCCGGUAACGAUGUUCCGUCCAACUUUAUCACCACCCGUGGUUAACUUACUAGAUGGAAUUAAGCGAAAACAUAUCAACAAGAGACUGGAGAGUAUUGAUAGUGAGGACGUCGUAUCGCUUGACAGUUCUGCACCGGAACAUAGAGAAAAAAUUGAAGAGUCUUCUCUUCUUGCUGAGAUAUACGACGAGCUUUCGACUACAACUAUUUAAAAUCCGUACCAGGAACGAUUUAGUUUAAUAAAUUUUUUUUUUUUUUAUUCACCAGUGUUUAUUUUAAUUUUCUCGCAUCAAGCAACUUUUCUUUAUUGCGUUUGAGAAAACAACCAGUGCAUAUUUUUGCUUGACAUUCAUACGAUACUGUAUACCUACGUAUACCUCGUAAAAAUAAACAGGAAAUGCAUCAACACUCCAAUCAACUCUUCAUUGCUUUAGUAAAGAAAACAAUAAUUAAUGUUCAGAAAAUACUCGUACGAGUAUUUUCCUGGAAACGAAUUUUGAACUGAUGAUAUUUCUGAGGUACUAAAGACUAUGAUGAGAGUAAGAUCAAACACAUAAUACAAAUAUAAUAUAAUCGCGAUAUUAGAAUAGGUAGUGAAACACAAAAUGAUUACGUCAUUAUUUCAUUUUAAAUUUUCUAGAUCUAAAAUUUAAACUUCCCGCCAACGGUUACGUACAUCAUUAUGAACUACCAAUAAUCAUAAAUCAUGUAAUCAAAGUUUUUAAUCAACACAGUAACAUAACUUAUUACACACUUUUUGUUGCCAGGAUAUCUUGUAAAACUUUGAAAACACACAAACAGUAGAUCUGGUAUAAAAAACAGUUCAAUUUAGAUUCUGACACAGAUGAUAUGACACUGGUACAUAGAUUGUAAGUUUUCAACAAUUAUCUAUGUUUAUUCAUUAUUUAAUGUCUUAGAAGAAUAUUUUCACUUGUAGAAAAAGUAAUAAUGUCGAUUCGCUCAGUGAUAAUAUUUAUAAUCAAGUAAUAGGUGACCCAUUGAACACAUAAAUUGCAUGAAGUGAUUAUUCUAUCUUUGUACUUUUUUGAAUUUAUCGAUAACCAACAAUUUCAAGAAGUUUUUUGACGUUACGUAUAUGUGGGCACACAUAGAAAUUCUUGUUAAUCCAUAAUUGUCGAAAACUAGAUUUUAGUAUGCUACUAAAACCACAACUCUCUGCUCUCUG